GACCAAAACCAAAACAAAGACUUGAAAAAAACAAGAGAAGAAAAUAAAACACCUUCGGGAGCGGGUGGUUGAAGAAGAACCGGUGGUAGCUCCUUCCAUUCACAUUUUCCAUUUUCAUCAAAAUUCGAUCUUCAAAUUUCAAUUUCAAUUUCAAUUUCAACAAUUUCAUUCAUCUUUCUUCGAUUCAUUACAAAUAAACACUCUUUUCUGAAUUCAAUUUAUCAAAAUUCAAAAGGGGCAAAAUGGGAAUGAAACAAGUUAUUAAGAAUCUCGAUGCAUUUCCUCGCACAGAGGAUCAUUUGUUGCAGAAAACCCAAUCUGGUGCUCUUGUUUCGAUCAUUGGUUUAAUUAUAAUGGCUACGUUGUUUCUGCACGAGUUGGGUUAUUAUCUUACAACUUACACUGUUCAUCAGAUGUCUGUAGACUUGAAGCGUGGAGAAACUCUUCCAAUUCAUAUAAAUAUGACAUUCCCUUCUUUACCUUGUGAUGUUUUAAGUGUGGAUGCCAUUGAUAUGUCUGGCAAACAUGAGGUGGAUCUUGAUACAAACAUAUGGAAACUCCGUUUGAACAGUUAUGGGCAGAUAAUUGGCACUGAAUAUAUAUCUGAUCUUGUUGAAAAGGGACAUGAACAUGAUCAUGAUCAUGGCACUCACAAGCAUGAUGACAGUAAAGAUCAUCAUGAGCAUUCAGAACAAAAAGUUCACUUACAAACCUUUGAUGAAGCCACUGAAAAUACCAUCAAGAAGGUGAAGGAGGCAUUAAAAAAUGGAGAAGGAUGCAGGGUUUAUGGCGUUUUAGAUGUUCAAAGGGUUGCUGGAAAUUUCCAUAUUUCAGUGCAUGGGCUAAACAUAUAUGUUGCACAAAUGAUCUUCGAUGCAGGAAAGAAUGUGAAUGUUAGUCAUGUUAUCCAUGAUUUGUCAUUUGGCCCCAAAUAUCCAGGAAUUCAUAACCCACUUGAUGAGACGUCAAGGAUUCUCCAUGAUGCAAGUGGAACUUUUAAAUACUACAUAAAGAUUGUUCCAACUGAAUACAGAUAUAUCUCUAAAGAAGUUCUACCGACUAAUCAGUUCUCAGUUACAGAAUACUUUUCCCCCAUUACUAGUCAAUUUGAUCGGACAUGGCCAGCUGUGUACUUUUUGUAUGAUCUAUCGCCUAUUACUGUCACUAUCAAGGAAGAGCGCCGUAGUUUUCUUCAUUUUAUUACUCGGCUUUGUGCCGUGCUAGGUGGAACCUUUGCUGUAACAGGGAUGCUGGACCGUUGGAUGUACAGACUCGUUGAAGCUGCAACUAAACCAAAGAAUAAAAAGUAGAUCUUGAAGACAUGACAAUUUCAAGCAACUCUCCUGCAUCUCCAAGAGAUUCCAGGCACUAUUUGGAAUUUACUUCAAUACUCACAGAUUUGAAAUGUAGCAGCACAGUUGAAUCAAGCAUCAACAUUUGAACUUUCACAGUUUUGUGUUCAUAGAAUUCCUUGUAGUGUCUGACAUCAAACAUUAGUUGAUCUUAAUCUCUUUUGUUUUGUAAUGGAUGUUUUGAAUAUAGUGAAUGAGGUAUAUUGCCAGUUUUCUCGUA